AUGUCUCACACCAUCCUGUUAGUCCAGCCAACCAAGCGGCCAGAAGGCAGGACCUAUGCAGACUAUGAAUCUGUAAAUGAGUGCAUGGAAGGUGUGUGCAAGAUGUAUGAAGAACAUUUGAAGAGAAUGAAUCCAAACAGUCCAUCAAUAACCUAUGACAUCAGCCAGUUAUUUGAUUUCAUUGAUGAUCUGGCAGACCUCAGCUGUUUGGUAUAUCGGGCUGACACACAGACAUACCAGCCCUACAACAAAGACUGGAUCAAAGAGAAGAUCUACGUUCUGUUGCGGCGCCAGGCCCAGCAGGCGGGCAAGCCUAAGGAGACUUCCUGGACAAUCUUUGGGCACCCUUGGAUUGAGACUAGAGCGACUGCCUCCUCUGCUCCGCUGCUGCUGCUGCUGCUGCUGGUGCUGCUGCUGCUGCUACUGGUGCCUUUACGCGCUGGUCUCACUUCACCACAGAAAAAACGGCACAAGCAGGGAAGACUGCGAGCGACCGGCGAGUCCUCAAGCUGCCACCAGCAGAACUCAGCUUGGACCGCUCUGUAUGGGGCCUUUUGCAUAUCAAUUGACAUGGAGGAUGAUGAUGGGACUUGUCUACUUGAUGUUUUGUGUGACCCUCAAGCCCUGAACGACUUCCUACAUGGGACCAAUGAGCAGCUGCCGACUGAAGAUCUGCUCAUUAACUCCUCCUCUGGGGAGGCGUCCCUCUUCACAGAUGCCCCGAGCCCAGGGUCUCUGCUCGGAGAUGGGGUGGGGUCCCCAGAUUCGUCCACACGAGGCUGUGUGGACCUGUCUUUUUUGGAGGAGGCGCUCCUGUCCUCUCCAGAGGCAGCAGAAGACCCUCCCCUGGGGCCCAUGGAAUCACCUGCAGAGCUGGAGCUCAAGAAGGCCCCUGUGGAGGAGGCAGAGGAGGCGCAGGUGGCCUGUGAUAUUCUCCAGCAGAGUUUGCAGGAGGCUGAUAUCACAGAGCAGACCAUGGCUCUGGAGGCCGGCCUGGUGCAGAGUGGAGACACUCUAUCCCUUUACUCACCGACCCCUCUUCUCUCUCCAGUUCCUUUUGUGUCCAAAUCUGUAAGCUUACCUGUGGCCCCCAUCCUGCCCAGAGACACCCAGGCAGCAGUGGAUCCUCCUCAGCCUUCUCUGUUGGCCGUGGGGCCUGGAUGCCCCUCACUCAAACCGGCGGCUCCCCCUCAGUUCAUGGGACUUCUGCCUGGAAAUGUGUUUCCUGCUGCUUCUCCUGAAAUAUCUUUGAGUCAUGCUAACGGCCCCAGUAUGAUCAUCCAUAAGGCCCUGCCCACUGCCCCCCCUCGGCCCAUUAUUGCCCAGACUCUGCGAGCAGCUGCAGCGCCCGCUCCUGGUAUCGUCCUGCAGCGCACUCCACUUGCCAUCCAGCCAAAGCUGCCCAUCACCAUCCAGCCCAGACUAGUUCAGAUCAGCCCGAAGCCCUCAUCACAGAAGACAACCUCUGGUCUGACCUUUGUCUCUGGUACAGCCUCUCCUAAUAUUCUUCUGUCUCAACCAGCGACUCAAAAAUCUGCUCCGGUCCCACAGUCCACACCUCAGCUUCCUAAGCCAGUCAGUCUGCAGCUGGUCAACCAGGCGGGCUCCUUUGUGUUGCAGCCUCAUGGCCUCUUCCAUGGGCAGAACCAGCUGCUUCUUCCAGGACAGUCUCCUGUCACAAUCCCACAGCACACUGCGGCUCAGCGGCAGCUCCUGGCUCCCCAGGGCCCCACACUGCACACGGUGGCUCCCUCAGCAGGACAACUGAUGGACAGCUCUCAGAUUCUGACUGUUCCUCAGAGGCAGCUGAACUUCAGCCCUGUAUUUACCACCCCCACAGGGCAACUUGCCCUUCGCCAGGCCACAGUUCUGUCUGGAUCUCUACAGCUGCAAUCUGCGUCCCCUACUGUCUUCCAGAUGCCAGCGCAGCUCGCAGGGGCAUACACAGCUGGGGGCCAGGGGUCCCGGGCCACUCUGGUUCACAGCCCUGCCAUUGGAAACCACAUUACCCUGAUCAACAGCACAGGGGUGCUACCCUCAGACCUCACCUCCAUCUCCAUAGUAAAUGGCGCUUCAGUGGUUCAGGGGCUGCCUUUCACCACUCAAACCCAGGUCCCCCAAGCCAGAGUAACAGAGGCUCAGCUGGGCCUUCAGCAGGGCCUUCAGCAGGGCCUUCAGCAGGGCCUUCAGCAGGGCCUUCAGCAGGGCCUUCAGCAGGCCUCUGUGGUGCUUCUGCCUGAGCGCACCAUCACAGAGGAGAGGGCUCAGGAGGAGGCUUUCCAUUUGACACAGUCCUUUGGACAAGUGCUGCGGCAAGUCCAGGCCACAGGACUGCAGCCCGCCACUCCUCCUGUGGUAACCGUGAUACAGCCACCUGCAGACGCACCUCUGGUUCCUGACCCUCCCACUGUGGACAUGCCCAAACUUCUAAUGGCUCCUGCAGAGAUAAGCCAAGUGGUGGAGGAGGUGACCCAGCUGAGUCAGAACCAAGCCUUUAUGCAACAAUUGCAACAGCAAGCACUUACUUCCCCGCUGUCGUCGGAUCUGCUGGUUGGCGCCCUGCCAGUGGUGCCGCUGGAGGCUCUGUCCUCUCCGCAGGACGGACACAAAGAGGUCAGAGCGGAAGCCCAUGGAGUCUCCUCUGGGCUCACAGACCAGUGUGUGCUCUCUCCUCUGCCCUCAGACCUGGACGACUCCUCUGUGCUCUGCUCCCCUCCUUCCUCCACUGACACCCCACAGACAUUUACACCUCCAGCACAAGAACCUGACACUUCUGCCCCACUGUCACAUAUAGAGCCCCCACAGUACCAGCUACAGGAUCAAAAUGCCUUAUUCACCCAACAACAAGAGCAAGUCCAACCCCCUGUAUCACAAACCCAAAUUACAAACUGUAUAUCACUGCCCAAAGUCCCAGUCCACACAUCUCUGCUAACAUCUCUGUCCCACAUUCAAAGUCAGGGUUCUUUAUCCCAAGUUCAGCCGAUAGUUCAGGUCCCAGAAGACCACAACGCAGCCAGGACCCCCUCCCCUGUGCCCACCCCACCUCCAGUGUCUGUGCCUCAGCCUGGUCCCACAGCUGCCACUGGGGCCUCUUCAGGAGAUCAGCCUGCUGUUCAGCUACACACACAUCACAAGCCAACUCCUGCCUUGGUCGCAGAGGGGAAAGUCUUCAGUGCACCCUCCCCUGUAUCUCGCGGUGAAUACCAAUGCUCUGCCCGCACAGAGGGGACCAGCAUCCAGCCGCCACCAUCCAGCCAGCAGCAGGACACCAAGUUGGCGAUCGUUGUGGAGCCGCUCACACCAGCACAGCGCCGGCACAGGUUCCAGCAGCAGAUGUGUUCAGACCAUGCAGCUGUGCAGAGACCCUGGACCCGCUCAGGCUUCUCCUCUCUACAGGACACUGUGAGGGGCCUGCUGCCCUACCACAGCUGCGCCGGACCCAUUCCCACCCAGGAACACUUCAACAUGGUUGACGAGGAGUUUGACACUGUGUCUGGAUUCCUUCUGAAGCGGACCAAGGACAUGGUCAACAAGUACAGGCAGCUCCUGCUCAGAGAAGCCCUGCAGGACAUUCCGUCAGCGGAGAUGGUGAUGCUGGAGAGACUUUUCCUUCAAGCCGAGCGCUUCACUUUGGCAGAGGACCGACGGAGGACGUGCAGAGAGCCAGAGUCUGUGAUGACAGCUUCAGCCUCAGCUGCCUCUUCCCCAGACGAUGCACCUCCGUCGGGCCAGUCUCAUCCGCCUCCCUCGCCUCCCUCGCCUCCCUCACCUCCCUCACCCACCUCCCCACCUUCAUCCCCUCCCCCCCAGUCCUCCACCAGCGACAGUCCUCCCUCGCCCCCUUCGUGGACCAGACUUUCAGACCGCCCCCCUGGUCUCCGGACGUAUCGUUCGAGUACCCGCGGUGGGCUGCGUCUCACCAUCAAACACGAGUCCGGAUCCAGGAAAGUGGUCCACAACUCGGCCUGUGACCCUGGACUGAAAAGAAACCAUUCGGGGCAAUUGACCAAUGGGAGCGGGCGUCACUUUCAGACCCCAGACAAAGCACUGCAACCCGUAUCCAAUGGGAAACUUUCCACGGAGCAAGUCCCGCCUUCUGACUUUAAAAUAAAAGCCCCUAUAAAAGACAACAGAGAAGUAAGCGCUCCUAAAUUAAAAUGUUUCCGCUUGGACCCAGCACUGGACCGUCCCGCGGCGAUACAAGAGGACAACAUGCUUAGUGAACACCUUCAGAGUGCUAUCGACAGCAUUUUGGAGCUACAGCGGCUUCAAGGCCCGUCCACGGCCCAAAGUAGGGCUUCCUCCACCCCUGCACUCGACCAAGCAGUGGCCAGCAUUUUGGAGGGCCAUCUCUGA